AAAGCGUCGGAGAGCGCUAGAAAAUCGGGAGAACCAUUCAGACCGUGCAUUCAUCGGCCUACGUCCACUUCCCCCAUCAUGGCGCACGAACCGACAUACGAGGACUACGUUGAGAGGAUCCACUACUCAGAGAAAUACAGCGACGACAAAUGGGAAUAUCGCCACGUCAUCCUUCCCAAGCCCCUCCUGAAGAUGAUUCCGAAAUCAUUCUUUGACCCCGAAGAGCCUGGGGUUCUGCGUAUACUGAGCGACUCGGAAUGGCGUGGCAUUGGGAUCACGCAGAGCUUGGGGUGGGAGCAUUAUGAGGUGCAUGCGCCUGAGCCGCAUAUCUUGUUGUUCAGGAGAGAGAAGGACUUUCAAGAAAAGUACAAUGCUCAGCAGGCUGCGCAGGGGAGGAAGUGAAGAGGGGCAGGGAAACAUGAGGGUUAGCAGCGAGAGGAGGGCUCUUGCCCAGAUGCUCAAAGCGAGUGGCGAGAAAGCACAAAGAAUGUCAGCUCAGCGACGGCUAGAGGCUUGGGCUUCUCUGUGCGCAUCCUACCAGAGUCAGGAGUGUCUUGCAGGCGACAAAGCAGAAUCAAAGAAGAACAAUCAGUGGCUCGGACUCACUACGGGGCCAAUGUACACAUGAGGAAGAACCGCACGGCCAGCGAGACCGAAGACGACGGGAUAGUGGCAUUCAUUCGGGCUCACACUCUGCCGGACAAGGACACAUACGGUCAGGCAGUUGCGAACACUCUGCUGUUGUCGGCGCCAAGGACUUGCGCCGUCUCUCUUAUCUCACACUCUCUUUUGCUCGGCCUUCAAGCAGCUUGCAAACAAUGUCAUCGCAGUACACGAGUC